AUGAUUGAAAAAUUGCAUGAAGGACAGCAAUGCGAGCAAGCAGAGUUUCGAAAAGGAUUCAGCACAAUUGCCCACAUUCACACUGUUUCGAAACUCAUCGAGGUGUCACGAGAGUACAAGAUGCCGCUCUAUCUCACGUUCCUCGACUUGAAUCAGCCAAGCGGAACGAAAGCUGACCGAAUUGGAAGAAACAUGUGGAUGCAUCGGUCUUCAGCCGAAUCUGCAAAAGACGAUUUCUGGUGCCCCUUUCACACACAAGAGAGCGAACAUAUCCGAAUGCACCAGCUACGUUUAUCUGGGUCGGGAAUUGAACAUGAUGAACGAGCUGGGCAGGAAGAGACGGAGCGUAUAAGAGCAUGGAAGAUGUAG